ACAAAAUAAAAAACCUCUCGCAUCAUCGUCUCCCAUUUUUUCGUGUUAUCAGUUUUCUUCGAAAGCAAACCCCAUCAAGGAACAAGUUUGCUGAUAAGUCAACCAAUUUUCUCAUCGUUGAUUUCCUUGAUGGAUUGUUCUUCGGCUGCGCCCAUUCGUCAUUUAUAUAAAUAAUCGUUCGACAUUGCUUUUAUCUGUUUUCCGAUAGUGGACGGUCAACACCAUCAGAAGCUAGGAAUGAGUCAUCGAUUGUGUUAGUUUGGAGAAAGUUAAUACAACGAGUGCAAUCUAAUUACGGAUCUACUAAGUAAGCAAUCAAUACGUGAGAGAAGAUUUUUUUCUGCUGCUACCGCAAACAUAUGGUAAAAUGGAGCAACCGGCCGUGAAUCUUGCUGACUUGGCAUCGCUCAAAGAACGCAUGAAGAUUAUUGCCGAUGCGGACCCCAAGCAGUACCAUAACGAGUUUUCCCUAAGGCGCUACCUGCGGGCGUUCAAGACAGUCGACGCGGCCUUUCAGGCAAUUUUAAAGACGAAUAAAUGGCGUGAGGAGUACGGUGUGGACAAGUUGGGGGAGCACCCGGCAAUAGCGGCCAACGCCAGCAAGGCCCGAGUGCUGAAACAUCGGGACUGUACCGGCCGACCGGUUAUCUACAUUCCGGCUAAGAAUCACUCCUCCGAGCGGGACAUCGACGAACUGACCAAGUUCAUCGUGCACUGUCUGGACGAAGCGUGCAAGCGGUGCUUCGAGGAGGUGACUGACAACCUGUGCAUCGUGUUCGAUCUGGCCGGAUUCAGCACGUCCUGCAUGGACUACCAGCUGAUCAAGAAUCUAAUUUGGCUGCUUAGCAAGCACUUCCCCGAACGGUUGGGCGCGUGCUUGAUCCUUAACGCGCCGAUGGUUUUCUCCACUAUUUGGCCGGUCAUCAAGGGAUGGCUGGAUGAGAAUACCUCCGGCAAGGUGGUUUUCGUUUCCAGCGAAGAAGAUCUGUGCAAGUAUCUGAUUCCGGAUAUUCUGCCGACCGAUAUGUAAGAGGAGAAGGGGGAAUUAGUUAAAGACGAUAAGCAAACUUUCCACGUAGAAUUGUUCCCACCAAAGUGGUUUAGGAGCAUAUCUUGCUUCAAUUAUUAGGUAGUAGUAAACGAACACAGAGAAAGUAUAUUUUUCUAAUAGAUUCUAUUAGAAACACGAGCUAACAACCAAAAUAAGAGGAAAUACUUACAUACCUUAUCAAGAACAUAAUUUCGUUAGGUUCAAAAGUCGUCUAGAGCUUAGUGAAUAGUAACUAUUUACGGCCACUUAUUUCGUUGAAUUUCGUUUAGUACUUAUGGAAAACUAGGAAUCCUGAUCAAAUUUAGAGAUCGUGCAUGUUGGGAUUGAAAAUAGCUGUACUUAUAUCAUAUUGGGUUACGAACCACAUUCCAGUAUCUCAACACGCAACACUCACUGUCCGUACUAAGCCCAAAUAGUUCCGGAAUCUUGUAAGCAAAUAAUGAACGAAAGUCAAACCCCUUUCCACAUUAAUGUACCUUCUGGUAGUGUAUGAGAUUCAUAAUACUGUUAAAAUAAAUGUACCUAAUAAAAUAAA